AUGCCGUUGCAAUCCCUGCUCAUGCUAACUAUGUCACCUUCGAUGAUUUAUGUCAUGGUCGCUCCACUCAACAAGUUGUUGGUUGACUCCUACGUUUCUGGGAUGCUCGCAACGUCAAGAAGAAUGGAUUCAGUUAUCCAUUGCUUCAUACAUGCUGCAUGUGCUACACAAAUCCGCCAUGAGUUACAAGAAGGUGCCAUUUUCAAUCUUGCGAGAUUCGAAGUCGGCCGUUGCACAAACCUUUACAAGAUCACUGACCAUCCCUUGGUCAUUCGAUUCCUUCCGACCACCACUAUUGCUCAACUACCCGAUGCCACCGCAACAAUCAAAAGGGAGAAAUUCAUGCUCCGCAAAAUCGACCACCUCCAAGCUCUGGCAAGCACCAACCUGGAACUCCCUGAUGUUGUUGGCCAAAUCCGCUUUGUGCAAGGGUCGAACCUUGAUGAUGCUACUUCCAAACAGAGAUUGGUCGUCCAGCUCCUGGUCGAUACAUCUAUCACCGUAUACCUCUCUCUAUGGGAUGAUGCAGCUACAACUUUCCAUGGUCAUCUUAGCUCAAGUGGAACCAUGAACUCUGUCAUGCUGGUCACCACAGUUAACCCUAAACUAUUUGGAGGGAACCUAUACCUUAACUCCACAGCUGCCACCAGAUUCUUCUUCGACACUAGGAUUGAUGCCAUUCAACAAUUUACAAAAAGACACAGGAGGCUGACUUCCUUUGCAAAGCACAAAUCGUUGGAGUCCUUCAAAAGAAUGGGUGGUCAUAUGUUUCAUGUGCUGGGUGUAGCCGAAAGUUUGACAAAUAUGGGAGCGCAUUACGCUGUAGCAAAUAUGUGUCUCCAAAUGUCACCGGCGUUAUAA